UCCGGCAAAUCGGCGGCAAUUCUGAUUGGCGGCUGUGACAAUUUGCCGUCCUCUGGCUACCCGAACUUGUCGACGGCGCAAGCCUCCUGCCUACUCGGUCCAGGUUUCGGUCCCGGUUUCGGUGUCCCUCCUGGCCCCGGCAACGGGUUACCCACGUCUCUGAGGCUCGAUAUGCCGGCGCCCAACGCCUCGGCCGGCCUCAAACAGGACAAUCUAAGCGCCGGGCCGGCGACAAGCCGCUCACUGGUCCUCCAGACCGCCGGCGGCUUCGAGUCCGUCGCCCGAGAACCGGCCGACUGCGGCCUGGCAACCGAGCAUUCGUCCGUCGGCAGUUCCGCUUUCUCCGUGGCCCACUCGCAACUGGGCGCCUGCUACCUGCCCGGCGCGCCCAGCUACACCUUGGCAGCCGCACCCGGUUGCGACUACAUCGCCUCCGGCAUGCUCGACUAUCUCGCCGGAGCCGGAGUGGGAGUGGGAGUCGGAGCCGGUCUGUCCGCAGCCGCAUGCGACGCCACCCUGUCGCCGCAACUCGCGGCCACCGGCCUUCUGCAUGCCCCACUCUACCCCCACCACUCGCAACAACAGCACCACCAACUCUACCACCACCAACAGCACCAUCAACACAAUCACCAACAUCACCAGCAGCAACAACAACAUCAACAACAACAGCAGCAGCAGCAGCAGCAACAACAACAACAACAACAACAACAACAGCUAAUGGCUGCGGUGCUUGCAGCAGUGCAAAGUCCUCACUUUCUGCCGAUGGUGCCAAGGACGGGAGUAAGUCCGGCCUCCGAUUGGCCCCAAUUCAUUUCGACAUGUUUUAGCAACCCAUCCAGACUGAGACGGGCGGAGACAAGACUAGGUACUCCAAAAGCGUUUGACACUUGA